AGUCUCGAUUUGGAUCUAUCCCAAACUGGUUAGAUUCGGCCAAAGACAUUCCGGGCACAACUUUCAGAUCUAACCAUUGCACUUUGUCGCGAACGUGGACACUUAUCGUCUUAUAGAAUGCCGUGCAAGAAAAUAAGUGUUAAAUUGAAGAUUACACAUUUUGUGAGAUAAAUUUUAAAAGCUCUUUUAUUUACCAUAUCCUUGGAACUUGAAAUACGAAGCAUGAUUUACGAGAAAAUUUAGUUUGCGUUUGAGCUUUUCUUUAGCCUUGCGGAAGGUGUGCUAAGAGUUGUGAAUGGGCUUUCUAAUGAUAUUGUCCUGAGGGGUCAUUUGGGCAAAUUAUGACAAAUCGAACUAAUGGUGAAGACAGAGGCUUUAGAAACCGGUUUGUUAGUGCAGCAGUGAAAUCUUAGGACCUACUAUUAGGCCUACCCUAUCUAAAAAAUUGUGUACGUACUAGAAAUCAAAGGAAAUUGUUUACGAGUGAUACACUUCCUCAGUCAAUUUCCUGAAUGUACCAAUAAAUAUAUUGCGUACGUUAAAGCAACACGAAGCAGAAGUGGAACAAAUAACCCAUCGACCCACUAUGGGCCACUCCAAGUGGCAUCCUCACACAAAGAUAUGGCAGGUGCAAGGCUCUCCCAGACCAUCGCUGAUUGCAGAAAAUCAAAGUGAUUGAGAAGUUUGUGACUUUUAGUGAAAAAACAACAAAGAUCUUUUGAAAAGUCUAUAGAAUUUGACUGAUGAGGAAGAAACGUAAAUCAAAAUUCAAUGUUUAGAUAUUGUGAUGCUCCUUAUAAUCAUUUCAACACACGAGUGGCACCCAUAAGAUGUGAAAACAAUUUUAAUUGCUCUCUUUCGUUUAUUUACUUAUUAAUACAUUUUCCUAAGAUCUUAAAAUUAACUGUGGGGUGUGGGUGUGGACUUGAGCCAAAAUAUGAUUCGGGCAUUGACAUUGACAUGAUGUGUGCACUAGUAAGACUUUAUAGAUCUAUGUAGAAAUUAAGGUGAAUUUAGUUUUUGAUGAAGAAAAUCAAUUCCUACCGAGUCGUUUCACUAACUAAAACUUGUACAAAAGAGUCGGCUUUUCGGAAAAACGGGUAGUUUUGCGCGAAAGAGUGUAGUAGAAAGAGUAUUAAAAUAUUAAUCCUAGUUCAAUAUAGCUUGCACUUUGUCGUCCAAGUUAACACUAUAAACUGUGGCAAUUGAUGUGACAAAAGGACCAGCUUUUUAUCAUCCCACUUCUGAAUUUUGUGUGCCAUAUGUUCUGAAACAAUUGAAAUGUCGCUUCAAUAGGGCUCAAUAUUCGUGCAGUUACAGGUUGAAAAAGAAAAGCAUUUGGAGUAAUUAAUCAUCCAGCAGGAAUGCCCAAAGCCAUGGUAAUCAGACACGCCAAAUUUUCUGUGCUAUCAGUGAAAAGUUUGCGAAUUGCCUAAAUAAAGAGGCACCCCAAUCUCAAUCCUAGUAUUUCCCACCUUAACGUGAGUGCGAUUUGGAAAUAGUGGAAAGAGUUAAUACGAAUGGUGCGUGCAGAAAAAAAUCUUUUGGGGUUUGAAGCCGCCUAGCAAUGGAGCUUAAAUGCCAGGCAAUUGAGACUUUUGAACAUUGUUUUGGGUGAGAUUUUUUUUUGCAUUAGACCAAUGCCUGGUGGUAUAACCUUCCACUUACAUAAAUGAGCACACGACAAAUGGUGUGAUUUAGGUGUACUCCAUCAGCUGUGGGACCAACGAACACUCCUGGAAUUAUUGCGCCAAGAGAAGAAUAAUACACCAUUUUCAGUAUAUAUAUAGCAAUCGAUGGGAUAACAGAAAUAUCAAUCCAUCAUCAACUCACAUCCCCCAGGAAUGCCAGAAACAUCCAUUUAACGAAUUUAUCAUCUAUAUUGAGAGGAGAGACACCGAGUUUGAAAGUGAAUUUAAUUAGGAGCUAAAACGUUUCAUACAUGCAAUAGUCCAUAUGAGUGUAAAUCAAUAGCACAUGAAUCACAAGCAAUAGUAGAUAGGGGGUUUAUUGAAAGUAACAAGGUGGAAGUGUAGCAGGGUGCUUGAUCACCACAUCUAAGAAUCAAUUGCUGAGGCACCUCUGGGAAAAGUAAUAUAACUUGUCGCAUAAUGGAAUACCCUGUGGGGAACAUUACAAAUGAGGAUUUUUUGGCAAUGAUAGGAAAUGCAUCAGGUAUCGGUCAACCAAAUCUUACUGGGGGUGGUGGCAAUGAUACCUACAUCAAUGGUACAUUGUCCCCCAUCUCAACAACUACCGCCACAGGCAUACAUGGCAUCUACCCGAGUGGAUACACGAUAGCACAUAUUGUAUUUGCCUCAAUUGUCGUUACCAUCCUCAUGGUGAUCAUUGUGGUGGGCAACAUGCUAGUCAUAAUAGCUAUUGCCACCGAAAAGUCCCUCAAAAACAUCCAAAAUUGGUUUAUUGCUUCCCUAGCUGUGGCAGACUUCUUCCUUGGACUGGUAAUCAUGCCUUUUUCACUGGCCAAUGAGCUAAUGGGGUACUGGAUCUUCGGUGCCUGGUGGUGUGACAUCCAUUCAGCAAUGGAUGUCCUCCUCUGUACUGCCAGCAUCAUGAACCUAUGCCUCAUCUCCCUGGAUAGAUACUGGAGCAUUACGAAGGCUGUUGAGUACCUCAAAACUAGAACACCAGCCCGGGCAGCCAUCAUGAUAACUGCCGUAUGGAUUAUGUCUGGACUCAUAUGUAUCCCACCGUUGCUGGGUUGGAAGGCCAAACAACCAGAAGGUCUACUUCCACAAUGCCAGCUAAGUGAAGAUCUCGGCUACGUGCUGUACUCUGCACUUGGCUCCUUCUACAUACCCAGCUGUAUUAUGGUAUUUGUGUACAUAAGGAUUUAUUUUGCCGCGAAAAGGAGAGCCAGGAGAGGUAUAAAGAAGCCACCAAGGAAGUCUGCCACAAAUGAACAGGUUACAAGCUUCACGACCAGUCCAUGCAAAGCCGGGACACGUCCAAUGCCCUCAGUGCCUAGUACAGCGCCCAAUACGCCACAUCAGACGCAGCCGGACCCGCCAAAGCAGGAAUCCUCGAUUGCGACGAUCGAGGCCCGCACCAAUCCGGCUAAUGUUCCAUCCGUAAUGUCUAUACCUAACAUCACGUGUGACUUUGCAUCGGACGUGUCCACGAGUGAAGCAUGCGAUGCCGUGGAUCCAAACUAUGGCAAGGAUACACUGAAGGUCAGCACCAUCGUGACGACGCACGCACCAGCGAUACGUUCUUCAUCGAAUGGGACAACAGCGUCCAAUGACUUGCAAAUGGUGUCACCGAGUGCGACGGGACGAUGCCGGGCCUUGUCUGUGGGGAUCGACACGGACAUGGUCAGCGAAUUCGAUCCCUCGAGCUCGGACUCGGGCGUGGUGAGUAGAUGUGCUGUUGUAAAACCACUUAAGAUGAAACUUUGUCAACCAAUUUUUGGGAAAAAGAACCACCGCAAGAAGAAUCCCCAACAGCACACCAUACACAUGCAUAAGCCUUCGGUGGGUGCGAUGGAACUUGAACCAGCGAUACCCAAGAUACAGAAGCAACGUGAUCCAGAGAAAGAGAAGAGACGUAUUGCGCGGAAGAAGGAGAAACGUGCCACCCUCAUCCUGGGACUCAUUAUGGGAAGCUUUAUUGCCUGCUGGCUACCCUUCUUUUUCCUUUACAUCCUCACGCCAUUAUGCACAAACUGUCAAAUACCCGAGUCCGCCUUUGCCAUUGCCUUCUGGCUCGGCUACAUGAACUCCGCCCUCAAUCCUGCUAUCUACACUAUCUUCAACAAGGACUUCCGACGCGCCUUUAGACGCAUCCUCUUCAAGUGAUGUUUGGCAUACGUGUGCUGCUACCGUUGCGUCUACAGAAGCAUCGAAAAGGCUACUGAACGGGCAAUGGGCAGCACACCGAUGAGCUAUGGGGGUUAUCUUGCGCGUCGCUAAACAUUUUUUCUAUUUUUUUUUUCACCGUGGACCGAAAUAAAAAUGUAGGGAUGGGGGUAUCGGAAUCCGAAUCCGGAUAAGGACACUAUAUGGAUUUGUAUUUAGUCUACGGUUACACAAAAUUCAAACUUAAAUCAAUAAUCAAAAUUACUUGAAUAACUGAAAUUCUGGGAAUUUUGGACACACCCCAUACGAACAAAAAUUAGAUUUCAAACUCGUCAAAUUCUGUGUAUCUGACAGUUAUUCAAGGGUGUAUGCAAGUGUGAUAGGGGAUGAUUGUUCGUAGGAUAAGGACUUGAACACUAUAGCAAUAAAUAGAAUAUGUUGAGUUGAAGCAGACAUUAUAAACAUAGCCUAGUUGGAGGUAGAGAGUGAUCAAACACCAAUUAUAUAGAUUGUAAUAUUUCUUAACUGCAACUAAAACGUAUUAGAACAUACAAAACAACUUAUAAAAAAAUGGUUUCCACGUUAGUGUAAAAAGAUUAUUUCCAGAAGAGUAAAAGAAAAAAAUACAACCUCUCUUAUAAGUGUUUAUCGAAGUCUAUUUAAAUGUUAUGGUAUGAAUUCUAGCCAAUAUAAGAGAUUAUAAUAUUAUAUUACUCUGGUAGAGAGUCAUAAACGAACAUAAAAUAUUUGCAUAUAAAAAUAUUGAUGUUUAGGUCAUAAGUAUUUCGAUAGGUUGACACGACUUUUGUUGGCCGUUUUUAUAGGUUCAUAUCUGUUUGGGAUUAUAGUGUUAUAUGUCGAUUUUUUUUUGGGUUUUCACUUUUUCUGUGUUGGAAUAUAUAUAUAACAUUGUAAGGCGUUAUGUCAAAUGCAAAAAUUGUACAUUUAAAGCUCAUCUUCCAGAGUGUGUUGAAACAAAGUUUAGGAGAUAGGACAGAUGACAAAGUUUUAGAAACAAGAUGAAUAUAUAGAUAAAUUUUAAAAUUUAAAAUACUACUAUCUGUGUUCAGAUAGGUUAAGGAAGGUCGACGGAAAAACUAUAUAGUGGAGUUUUGCGAAUAGUUCUAAUAGCGCAAAACAUGUAACAACAAUGACAUAAAUUCUGUGAUAAUUUAAAAAUGAAAAGAAAAUGUUCUUGUACAUAGUAAUUUAAUAAUCUCAUCUUUCCAUUUUGAAAGUAAAAGCAGUUAUUUUCAUUUAGUUUUGGUUUGGAGACAGUAGGAUUCAUAAUCCCAGACAUAAUUUCCCAUAAUUUCCUGAAGCUGAGCUUUGAAAACGCUCCUGUGCUUAGUCUACAAAUAUUUGCAUUUAAUGCGUCAGAACAUAUUUCUGAUAAGUCACAAAAUACAAAAAUCAAAUAAUAAAGUAUUAUCAAAGUUGGAAGAGUAGUUUUCAGACACUAUCCCAAAAAGAACUGGCACAAUCGAAAGAAUGUCACAUACAGAGCAUAAACUUUUUCAACUUUCGCAACUCCAAGGAGAAAUAUACAUGACCAUCCUUCUACUUGAUAGUGGAUGAAACAUUCCUCCCACCAAAAUGCCCGAAAAGCAAUUUCAAGAAUCUGAUUUAUUAGAAUAAUUUAGACAUGCAAAAAAAUCAUUUCAAAUAUUUGGCAAAGACAGAACUACUACGGAGCAAUGCUAAGGAAAAUUUAAAAAGAAAAUAUUUCAGAAGAAGAAACAUUUUAGAAAUUGAACAAUCUAGAUAAGAAACUAUUUUCACAAUCACCAUCAUUGUACGAAAUUGGUAAUAGCAAAGGAUAAUUUUUAAGAAUGAAAUGUACAUAAUAUCAAUUGAUUUUAUAAGUCACUGUAAAGAAAUAAUAUUAUAAUGUUGAAAACCCCUCUUUCUUGUAGAAUAAACAAUAGUGAUAAGGCAUAUUUUCAUGUGAAAUAUAUUUAAAGAAAUUAAAAAAAUAACUCUAAAAAUACAAUAAAAAUAGAUAAAUAAUAAUUACAUUGUAGUGUAAAUUUUUGAACAGAUUUCUUGAGGUCUCUUUUCUCUCUCUCUCUUCCAAGAGAGUCAAGUUAAAAGGACGUAUCUUUCCUUUCACUUUUCAUUCUGUUUUUGAAUGAAUGAAAAUUAUGAAGUAAAUUACAGGAAUAAAACAGUUGUAUGGCUUGAUUUGAAGGAUGGCCGUGGCCUUCCCUUUAUAGGAUUAAGGCCGUGCAAAGACAAAAAGAGAAUGUUAUUAGAGA